CUCGCUCUGUGCACUGUUACGGCGUGAGUAAGCUUUAUGUGUCCUGUCCCCGAUAUGAAUGGCAGCUCGGUAACGGCAGCUAACGUUGUGAGCGGAGUGUAGACUGCAGUGAGCGCUGAGGCUGACACUGCAUCAUGUCGGAUAAGAGUGAGCUGAAGGCAGAGUUAGAGAGAAAGAAACAGCGCCUCGCACAAAUAAGGGAAGAAAAGAAGAGGAAGGAGGAAGAACGCAAGAAAAAGGAGGCAGAGCAGCAGAAAGAACCUGUUGCGGUGCAGGAUGACUCUGAUCUGGAGAAGAAGAGGAGAGAGGCUGAAGCUCUGCUUCAGAGCAUGGGAAUCGCACCAGAUGUGCACCCAGCUCCCGGGCCCUUGUCUCCCACGACCAAAUCUACAGGCACCCCAAGUGAGGCAGGUAGCCAGGAUUCAGGCGACGGCACCACAGGACCCAGGACUCUCCACUGGGACUCUGAUCCUUCUACAUUAUUGCUUCACUCCGAGCUGGGACGAGGCCCGGCCAAGCUAAGCAUUGCGAAGGUGACUCAGGUGGACUUCCCUCCCAAAGAGGUGGUGUCUUACACCAAGGAGACUCAGACUCCCAGCAUGAGCGAGCGGAAAGAGGAGGAAGAGGAGGAGGAAGAGCCGGCUCCUGCAGAAGCAGUGCCAGUAGUGGAGAAGGAGACAUCCGUGCAGGAACAAGUAGUAGAAGUGGCCCCUCAUGAGCUGACCGAGGAGGAGAAGCUGCAGAUCCUGCACUCGGAGGAGUUUAUGGACUUCUUUGACCACAGCACACGCAUCAUCGAGAGAGCUUUGUCUGAACACGUUGAUGUUUUCUUUGACUACAGUGGCCGUGACCCUGAGGAUAAGGAGGGUGAGAUGCAGGCUGGAGCAAAGCUGUCUUUGAACAGACAGUUCACGGAUGAGCGCUGGUCCAAACACAGGGUGGUCACCUGCCUGGACUGGUCCCCACAGUAUCCUGAGCUGCUGGUUGCCUCCUAUAACAACAACGAGGAGGCACCGCAUGAGCCUGAUGGAGUGGCGCUGGUCUGGAACAUGAAGUAUAAGAAAACUACGCCCGAGUAUGUCUUUCACUGCCAGUCUGCAGUGAUGUCAGCUGCCUUUGUCAAGUUUCACCCUAACCUGGUGGUAGGUGGAACGUAUUCAGGACAGAUCGUACUAUGGGACAAUAGGAGUAACAAGCGAACCCCAGUGCAGAGGACCCCACUUUCAGCCGCUGCUCACACGCAUCCUGUGUACUGUGUAAAUGUAGUCGGCACUCAAAAUGCUCACAACCUGAUCAGCAUCUCCACCGACGGUAAAAUGUGCUCGUGGAGUCUGGACAUGUUGUCCCAGCCUCAGGACAGUAUGGAGUUGGUCUUUAAGCAGUCCAAGUCUGUAGCAGUCACUUCCAUGUCUUUUCCCCUGGGCGACGUUAAUAACUUUGUGGUAGGCAGCGAGGAUGGAUCGGUCUACACGUCCUGUCGACACGGCAGUAAGGCAGGGAUCAGCGAGAUGUUUGAAGGCCACCACGGUCCGAUUACGGGAAUCCACUGCCACACAGCGGCUGGUUCUGUUGACUUCUCCCAUCUCUUCCUUACCUCUUCCUUUGACUGGACCGUCAAACUCUGGAGCACUAAGAAUAAUAAACCACUCUACUCUUUUGAGGAUAACUCCGACUAUGUGUAUGAUGUUAUGUGGUCACCUAUUCACCCUGCCCUCUUCGCCUGUGUGGAUGGAGUUGGUCAUUUAGACCUGUGGAACCUCAACAAUGACACAGAGGUUCCCACUGCCAGUGUUACUGUGCAAGGGAGUCCUGCUCUCAAUAGGCUGAGAUGGGCACAGACGGGCAGAGAGAUCGCAGUCGGAGACUCUGAAGGACAGGUUCUCAUUUAUGAUGUUGGAGAGCAGAUCGCCGUGCCACGGACUGAUGAGUGGACCCGCUUCGUCAGGACGCUUACAGAGAUUAAUGAAAACCGUGAAGAUGCUGAAGAGCUCGUGGCUCAGCGCAUCCCAUCAUAAUUACUACACUUCCAGUACCAUUCCACAAAUGAGCUACAGGUUUUCAAUUCAAAAGUAAAAUAAAUAAAUUAAAAUUAAAAGCAUGUGCUUUUACACAAGGCAUGACGACAGCGGUAAUGAUUAUGAAGACUAUCCGAAAAAUUUGAUUUACAACUUUUCUUUUGAGUUUGAGUGAAGAAUGUGAUCAGAGUGAUGGGAAUGACAAUGAAGUUCAGCAACCAGCAGUUUUCUAUUCUCUUCCAGUACCUCAAGCCUUAAAAUUGUCAGGUAGAAAUCCAUCAGAAACACAGUUUAAAGUUUGAUUCCUGCUGGUAUUUACACCUGAGCUCUUUAUCCCAUCUGAAAGGGUCUGAAACUUCAAUCAAUUGUAAAGUAUGCCACAGAGCCUGCUUUUUUUCCCCCUCAUUUCUCUUGCUCACUGGAGUCUGAGUGCAUUCAUAAAUUCACUGCUGUGAUUUGAAAAUGAAAGCAUUAUUGUGAUAAAGGUUUGUAAAUUUAAAACCCUCAUUGCACUUAUUUCCUGUCUAGAAAGUUGUCCAAGUGCUACAGUUUCUAAAGCUGGGCAUUAUAACAGUCCGCAUGAGAAACCAAAGAUUUUUAGGACAGUAACACUUUUUACCCACAGAACCAGGAAUUUUUGUGUUUGUCAUUCUAUCUUUGUCAAAUUAAGUAAUUUAUCUACUCAUUCAAGUUGUUUGGCAUUUGAGGAGUGCUGCUGAAUUUAUGAAUGUACUUGUGAUUUGCUUAGUAUUGUGGGGCAGCUAUUAAGAUUCCCUGACUGUCAAACGCUAGUCCUGCUUCUACUUAAUCUCUGACUCACUAAAUUCUGGGUACUGAUUAAACACCCUGUCUUCAUGCUUACACAAAUAUCCUGUAUUAUUAAUCAUUGAGAUGCUGUGCGAUUGUCAUCAACUUGCUGAGCAUUUUUAAGCCAUUUUUUUUUUUUUAAACUGGAUCCUGUUCUUCCAAUUUUUCAAUCUUCAGCUGAUCUUUGAAUGUCUUUAUACAACUCUAUAAAUGUCUCUUUCUGAACUCAAA